GUCCCGUUACUAUUUCCAAAUCAUUCUAAUUUUACUUCCCUCUACAUUCUUCGUUAGGAUAGAUCAUCGAUUCAUCGUGUGCGAGCCCGAGGGGAAUUAGCUUUGAACUCGUUGGUCUAAGAUUCAGGCGGUGAGACUAGCUCUGAACUUGCGCAUCCCCAGCCCUAGCAGUUUGCGUAUACUUUCAACUUUUGAUUGCAUUCUCUCUCUCCAGAGAAGAGAAGAGGAGGGAGAAGAGGAUGUCGUUUAAGAAAGAACCCUGCAGAAACUUUCAGCGUGGUCAUUGUCGAUUUGGCGAAGCGUGUAGAUAUCUUCAUGUGACUCAGCAACAGCCGAAAUCUAAUGUCUUUGGAUUUGGGACCCAAACUGGUUUAAGUCAACAGAAAAAGUCAAAUCCUUUAGGAUUUGGGACUCAAACGGGCUCUCACCAACAGCAGAAGUCCAAUCCUUUUGGCUUUGGUGUUCAGAGCAGUUCUCACCCAAAAGCGGGUACAGAUUUUGUAUCCAAACAGAAUCAAUCCAAGCUUUUUCAAAAUACAUGGACUCGUUCCACCUCCACACCUACUGGUGUUGCCCCACAGAAAUCUGAUAAUGAGACUCAAGCAGCAAAUCAUAAGUGCACUGACCCUGAGGCUUGCAGACGCCAAAUUGUAGAAGAUUUUGAGUCUGAAAGACCACUUUGGAAGCUAACAUGCUAUGGUCAUUCGAAAAAUGCACCUUGUGACAUUGUUGGUGAUAUUAGCUAUGAAGAAUUGCGGGCAGCAGCAUACGAUGAUGCUAAGCGUGGGUUGGAUUUUCAGUCAAUAGUUGAGAGAGAGAGGAACUUACUCAGUUCCAAGUUAGUCGAGUUUGAUAACCUCCUCCGUAAGCCAUAUGCAGUUCUACCAGGCCGUUCUUCUAGCCAAACCCCUUUUUCUGGUGCCAGACCCAAUUCGUUUCCACUGACUGCUCAAAAUAGUCCCCCUCCUUUGGUCUCGAGCUUUAAUCAACUAGGUGCAUCACAAAAUUUGGGUCUCGGAAUUAGGCCCUUUACACCAUCUAACAAUGCUUUUGUGCAACUAAAUGCAAACCCAUAUUCUAGCCAGGCAUCAAAUACAUUUGGAACAAACAAUAUGCCACAUAGAAGUGAAGGUGCAUUUAAUGGCCAAAUUCCUGCCCAGACACGUGGAAGUUCCUUUACAUCUAAUAUAGCAGGCUUCAACAACGGUGAUGACAUAAAUGCUGGAAGUAUAUCUCCAGCAGCACCUGCUCAAAUUUCAAAUUCAAGCAGUAACCACUCACCUGUCGUUCCAAAUGGGCCCAACUUUAGUGCAGGUGAACCAGCAAACACAGAUGUUCAGUUCAUGAAUAACUUGCAAACAGAAGAUGUGUCUGGGAACUUGAGUGUUUGGUUAAAAGAGAGAUGGAAUCCUGGAGAGAUUCCAGAAGAGGCACCUCCAGAUGCAUUUGUCUAGCAAGGAUACUUGUGGGUUUAGAUGGAAGAGGUUCUUAGUAGUUUUCUAUAAUCUAACAAAUCAAAUAUAUUGUCGUUACUUGCAAAAUAAGCAUCCUUAGGAACGUAGCUGCAGAAAGACUGGAUCAGUCUCCCAGCUUGUCAAGAAGAGAGAGUUGCACAUUUGAAGCAAAGCAUAGCGAUGUUAUGGCCCUUAGCACUGGAAUUUGUGAAUUAAGCCCAUUAUUCAUCUAUUUGAAUACCGACAAGAUUUGAUCGCCCGAUGUUUUAAAUGAACUUACAAAGAUAAUAACCACUUCGUUAUAAAAAAGAUAAUGUUCUCUUUGCCGUAA